GUUUCCGGGGUAAAGUUUAUAUUUUUGAAAGUGAGCUCAUGUUGCCAGUUAACUCGCCUGUGUAAUUAAGACUCAACUUAACUUUCUUUGUGUUUAAUCAUAAGAAAAAUCUCUCGUGUUUGAAUAUUUCGACUUUUUUGCCCUUGUUUUACACUGACUUUGUAGAAAUGCGUCUUGAAAUGAGUGUGUGCCCUGGUUGAAGGUGUGUGUGCUCCUCGCUGACCCCCCCUCCUCCCCUGCAGGCUGAAGUGUGUGAGGCCUGUUGUGGUGUUUGAUGAUCUUUCGGGAAAACACGUGUAAACAUGUGUGGACUGAAAAGGCCCAUCAGAGAGAGAGGGGCAGAGUUUCUUUCUCAGCGGGAAGUCUGCGCAGCUUCACAGCUUCCGAAUCGCCUUUUUUCUCACCUAAUGAGCCACUCGCCGGGCCGCUGAUAAGACCGCAGACAAAAGGGCUGGUUAAUGGAGUGGGGGUGGCUAAAGGAGAAGAAAAGAUUUGUGCAAAAAGAGGCGAAAACAGAGCUCACCUGAGCAGGCGAGCAUCGAGUUUGGAGCUAAAAGGAGAUAAACAGAAAGGAUUUUACGCACAAGUUUUACGCACAAAGCGUGGCGCGGAUUUAAAUGUCUGAUGGUGGUGGUCGCGGUGCAGUGAGGUGGAUCAUUUUUGCUGAAGACACUCCGGUGUGUGUGUGUGUGUGUGUGUGUGUGUGUGCGUGUGUCUGUGUGACCUGAGGCCCGGUGCUUUCCUCCACAGACGUUUUGGGUAGAAAAUGGAGUGUGUGCCUUUAAGGCGCCCGACUGCCUGUCGCUUUCUGCAGCGGAGAGACUGACGCCCUCUGGACACAGUGGACAGUUGAGCGGCGGCAGAGCACCAUCCUGGAGGAUUUCACACAGAAAACAGCCGCUCUCACUCUCCAAAAGAAACGUCUCGGACUCGUUAACAGCGUUGUGGUGUUUCCAGUGCCGUGCUGGUGAGCCGUCAGGAUGAGGCCUGGUCAGCUGAUCCUCCCCGCCGCCGCCGCUCUCCUCUUCCUCCUAUCAGGACUGUCUCUGACCUCCGGCUGCAACAAAGCCCUCUGCGCGAGCGACGUCAGCAAGUGUCUCAUCCAGGAGCUGUGCCAGUGUCGUCCGUCUGACGGGAACUGUUCGUGCUGUAAAGAGUGCAUGCUGUGUCUGGGGAACCUUUGGGAAGAGUGCUGCGACUGCGUGGGGAUGUGUAACCCCAAGAACUACAGCGACACUCCGGCCACGUCGAAGAGCACCGUGGAGGAGCUGCACCGUCCGAUCCCCUCGCUGUUCCGCGCCCUCACGGAGGGCGACGCGCCCAUCAACAUGAUGGUGGUGUCCUUCCCCGUCGCCGAGGAGCUCUCCCAUCACGAGAACCUGGUGUCCUUCCUGGAGUCGCUGGAUACUCAGCACCAGAACGUCUCCGUACCUGGAAACAGCAUCCACGCCAGCUACGACACUCAAGAAAACAUGUGCACGGUGGUCUACUUUGACGACUGCGUGUCUAUCCGUCAGUGUAAACUAUACUGUGAGUCAAUGGGAGGAUCCAAGUACCGCUGGUUUCACAACGCCUGCUGCCAGUGCAUCGGACCCGAGUGCGUGGAUUACGGCAGCAAGGCUGUGAAGUGCAUGAACUGUCUCUUCUGAAAAGUGCGGGCACAUAUUGGUACCAAAUGUCUGGGCCAUACCAGAGGACUGAGGGCAGAGGAAACUAUGACUGUUAUGUGUUAGCAUUCCUCAGUUACCUUGUAAAAUACCCCCGACACCCCUCCUCCUACCCCUGCAAAUCGUUUUUAUUCUGCUGUUAUGUUUCACUGUAUAUUUUUAGAUAUGUUUUCAAUAGUGUUUUUUACUAGAGGUGUAUAUGAAUAAUGUAUUUUUGCAAUUAUGGUCUGCUAAAUCCCAGUCUUGUGCCAAAUAAAGAAAAGUUUGGUGACAUGGA